GGAUGCAGCCCGGGUCCAAGAUGGCAGCGGCGGCGGGAGCGGCACCGUCCGCCCCGGGCUCGGCCUCGGCCUCGUCGGCGACAACGGCAGCAGGAGCGCCCGCGCCGUCCGGCGGCCCCACCCUCACCGGCACGCUGAACAAGAAGAAGAAGCCGUUCCUCGGCAUGCCCGCGCCGCUCGGCUACGUGCCCGGCUUGGGCAGAGGUGCCACUGGUUUCACAACCCGUUCGGAUAUUGGACCUGCGCGAGAUGCCAAUGACCCAGUUGAUGAUCGGCAUGCUCCCCCUGGGAAAAGAACUGUCGGCGAUCAAAUGAAAAAGAAUCAAGCAGAUGAUGACGAUGAAGAUUUGAAUGACACCAAUUAUGAUGAGUUUAACGGAUAUGCUGGAAGUUUAUUCUCAAGUGGACCAUAUGAAAAGGAUGAUGAAGAAGCUGAUGCAAUCUAUGCUGCACUGGACAAGAGAAUGGAUGAAAGACGAAAAGAUAGAAGGGAGCAGCGCGAGAAGGAAGAAAUUGAGAAGUACCGUAUGGAGCGUCCAAAAAUCCAGCAGCAGUUUUCUGAUCUAAAGAGGAAACUUUCCGAAGUUACAGAAGAAGAAUGGCUGAGUAUUCCUGAAGUUGGUGAUGCUCGUAACAAACGUCAGAGGAACCCUCGCUAUGAGAAGCUGACACCCGUACCAGACAGCUUCUUUGCCAAACAUUUGCAAACUGGAGAACAACACACCAGUGUGGACCCCAGACAAACACAAUUUUCUGGAUUGACAUCGCCAUAUUCCAGUGGCUUGAAUAGCCCUUACCCAGGCGGGACAACACCUGGAUCAGGAGAGUUGGACAUGAGGAAAAUCGGUCAAGCCCGAAACACCCUGAUGGAUAUGAGAUUGAGUCAAGUGUCUGAUUCUGUCAGUGGACAAACUGUUGUGGAUCCUAAAGGCUAUUUGACAGAUUUGAACUCGAUGAUUCCAACACAUGGUGGAGAUAUUAAUGACAUAAAAAAAGCCAGAUUGCUUCUUAAAUCAGUGCGUGAAACCAACCCUCAUCAUCCUCCAGCAUGGAUUGCAUCUGCAAGACUUGAGGAAGUAACUGGCAAAUUGCAAGUGGCUCGUAAUUUAAUUAUGAAAGGAACAGAGAUGUGUCCAAAGAGUGAAGAUGUUUGGUUGGAGGCAGCUCGACUACAACCUGGUGACACGGCUAAAGCAGUGGUAGCUAAUGCUGUCCGCCAUCUGCCACAAUCCGUCCGCAUAUACAUACGUGCAGCAGAAUUAGAGACUGACAUCAGAGCAAAGAAGCGUGUUUUGCGAAAAGCCCUAGAGCAUGUACCAAACUCUGUGCGGUUAUGGAAAGCAGCAGUGGAACUGGAGGAACCAGAGGAUGCACGGAUUAUGCUCAGUAGGGCUGUCGAAUGCUGUCCUACAAGCGUUGAGCUAUGGCUUGCUUUAGCAAGGUUGGAGACCUACGAAAAUGCUCGGAAAGUGCUGAACAAAGCAAGAGAGAACAUCCCAACCGAUCGGCACAUCUGGAUUACUGCGGCAAAACUGGAAGAAGCGAAUGGAAACACUCAGAUGGUCGACAAGAUCAUUGACAGAGCUAUAACUUCACUUCGAGCGAAUGGAGUGGAAAUUAAUAGAGAGCAGUGGAUUCAGGAUGCUGAAGAAUGUGACAGAGCGGGCAGUGUUGCCACUUGUCAGGCGAUCAUUCGAGCUGUUAUCGGAAUUGGCAUUGAAGAGGAGGAUCGAAAGCAUGCUUGGAUGGAGGAUGCAGAAAGUUGCAUUUCUCACGGAGCUCUUGAAUGUGCAAGAGCUAUCUAUGCUCAUGCACUCCAGGUCUUCCCAAGCAAAAAAAGCGUGUGGUUACGUGCUGCCUACUUUGAAAAGAAUUACGGCACCAGGGAAUCCUUGGAAGGGCUUUUGCAGAGGGCUGUGGCUCACUGUCCAAAAGCAGAAGUUCUUUGGUUAAUGGGUGCCAAGUCCAAGUGGUUAGCUGGAGAUGUUCCUGCAGCCAGAAGUAUUCUAGCCCUUGCUUUUCAGGCUAACCCCAACAGUGAAGAAAUUUGGUUGGCAGCUGUUAAAUUGGAGUCUGAGAACAAUGAGUAUGAAAGAGCACGAAGACUUCUGGCGAAAGCUCGGAGCAGUGCUCCGACAGCAAGAGUUUUCAUGAAAUCUGUGAAAUUGGAAUGGGUGUUGGGAGACAUUCCUCGUGCACGGGAGUUGUGUGAUGAAGCACUUAAGCAUUACGAAGACUUUCCGAAGUUGUGGAUGAUGAAAGGGCAAAUUGAAGACCAGGUUGAAAAUGCAGAGAAGGCUCGUGAAUCUUACAAUCAAGGGUUAAAGAAAUGUCCCCAUUCCAGCCCCCUAUGGUUGCUUCUGUCCAGACUUGAAGAGAAAGCUGGCAACCUUACAAGAGCUCGAGCCAUACUAGAGAAAGCACGCCUGAAAAACCCACAGAAUCCGGAGUUAUGGUUGGAAUCUGUAAGAUUGGAAUAUAGGGCUGGCCUGAAGAAUAUUUCAAAUACAUUAAUGGCAAAGGCUCUUCAAGAAUGUUCAAACUCUGGUAUACUUUGGGCUGAAGCUGUUUUCUUGGAAGCAAGACCGCAAAGAAAGACCAAAAGUGUCGAUGCUCUGAAGAAAUGUGAGCAUGAUCCUCAUGUCCUCCUGGCGGUGGCCAAAUUGUUUUGGAGUGAGCGUAAGAUAACCAAGGCCAGAGAAUGGUUCCACAGGACUGUGAAAAUCGACCCUGACCUGGGAGAUGCUUGGGCUUUGUUUUAUAAAUUUGAGUUGCAGCACGGCACGGAGGAGCAGCACGAGGACGUAAAAAGGCGGUGUGAAAACGCAGAGCCGAGACACGGGGAGCUGUGGUGUGAAGUAUCCAAAGACAUCAGGAACUGGCAGAGAAAGAUCGGGGAGAUUCUUGUGCUCGUGGCCACUCAAAUAAAAAAUACAUUUUGAAUGAAUGUGUCGAGAUAUUAGUGUUUAUAUUUUUUAUUGGAAUAGUCGAUAGUACUUUAGCGCAGAGAUCAGAAUCUGUGCUCUGUCUUCCUGUCCCCUGUGUAAUUUAAUUACAUGAUAUUUAUCCCAACUUUCCUGCACCUUUUUCUGCCGGGUAAGAAGUUUUGUGAUUGUCUACGAAACUUUUUUUUUUAAAUGAAUGAGUGUUAUUGACCAGUGGGGACUUUUAUUUUAAAAAGCUAACUUGAUGCCGUUUAGUGUAGGAGCUGUUAAACGUUAAAGGGUAUAGACUGUGAAGUUAAAUAUCAUUUUAAAAAUUGAUCCUAUUGCUGUAGAAAACAUAAAUGAUACGAGAAAACGUGUGAAAUAUUUCAGUGUUUUGUCUGAGCAAGUUGUUUAAAUUUCCUUUAUUAUCUGUCAAAGGACAUGUAAGCAUGUUUACUUUUUAAUAAAGAGUUAAAGUGAAAAUAA